GCUGCGACGCCGCCGGGUCCGCCGCGGCGCUGACGGCCGAGGCCGGAGUGUGAGCGGAGCCCGGCCGUGGGCAGAGGCGGCGCGGUAGGAGCUCGCGCGGCGUCCGCGGGCUCCGGGGCGGGGGCUCCAGCGGCGAAGCCCCCUCCCCGGGGAGGCGGGGCCUGGGCGAGCUCCCGAGACUGGGAGCGGCGGCAGCCGGGAACGAUGCAUCAGAAGCUGCUGAAGAGCGCGCAUUACAUCGAGCUGGGCAGCUACCAGUACUGGCCGGUCCUGGUGCCCCGUGGCAUCCGCCUGUACACCUACGAGCAGAUCCCCGUGUCCCUCAAGGACAACCCGUACAUCACCGACGGCUACCGGGCCUACCUGCCGUCCAGGCUGUGUAUCAAAAGUUUGUUUAUUUUAUCUAAUGAGACAGUAAACAUCUGGAGUCAUUUGCUGGGCUUCUUUCUCUUCUUCACCCUGGGAAUAUAUGACAUGACAUCUGUGUUACCUUCAGCAAGUGCAUCUAGAGAAGAUUUUGUAAUUUGUUCUAUUUGUCUCUUCUGCUUCCAGGUCUGUAUGCUUUGCUCUGUGGGCUAUCAUCUUUUUUCCUGCCACCGGUCAGAAAAAACAUGUCGAAGAUGGAUGGCAUUAGAUUAUGCAGGAAUUUCUAUUGGCAUACUGGGCUGCUAUGUCUCAGGAGUAUUUUAUGCAUUUUAUUGUAAUAACUACUGGCGUCAGGUGUACUUGAUCACAGUGCUUGCUAUGAUCCUGGCAGUGUUCUUUGCGCAGAUUCAUCCCAAUUACCUCACACAGCAAUGGCAAAGGCUUCGUUCUAUCAUCUUUUGUUCUGUUUCGGGAUAUGGAGUGAUUCCCACUCUUCAUUGGGUUUGGCUCAAUGGAGGAAUCGGUGCUCCUAUUGUACAGGACUUUGCACCCCGUGUAAUUGUGAUGUAUAUGAUUGCUCUUCUUGCUUUCCUAUUCUACAUUUCUAAAGUUCCAGAGCGGUACUUUCCAGGACAACUAAACUACCUCGGAUCAAGCCACCAAAUAUGGCAUAUCCUUGCAGUAGUGAUGUUAUAUUGGUGGCAUCAGUCAACAGUGUAUGUCAUGCAGUACAGACAUAGCAAACCUUGUCCUGACUAUGUUUCACAUUUGUGAAUUAGGUAUGGCCACCUGAUGAAUUCAGUUGUUAAGCAAUAUAUAAUGGGGAAUUGUAUACCCCACUAUUUCUAAGAGUCCCAUUAGUUUUCCCUUUUUCCUCUUUGAAUAUUGCUUUAUAAAAAUGGGGAAAAAAGCAUACUUGAGGAUCUGUAGUAAUAACUGCUUUAUAGGACCCUUAAAACUAUUAAUUUGCUGCUUGUACAGAAAGUGAAAAUUAGUUGGCAAUCAUAUGAAACAUCUGAAUAACAACAAUGAAUGGGAAACUAGUGUAGAAAUAGAAUUCAUUUUAUUUAGCACCAGCUUAAUUUCUUUAGGAAGGGCUCAUCUCCAUUAGAAAAUGGAGUCAUCCUAUGUGCUUAACUAUUUUCAGUAAAUUAUCAAGUUUAAGUGCCUAAUCAAGGCAAGGGUUAUUUCAGCCUAUGCUUAAUACAAACUAGGAUAGUGAUUUUAAAUAAUCACUAGCCUUUACAUACAUGAUUUGUGAGAAACUGGCACUUAUGAUAUUAUAUCCUUUAGCUAUAGGUUCUCCUCUCCCUAAGAACAUUAGAUAUUUUAGUUUUCCAGAACAAAAGCAUUAAACUUAUCCUGUAAGUUGAGAGAAGGGUUGAGAAGAGGAAAAGAAUUUGCCAUUUCCUAUCAGAUAAAAUUCAUAUUAGAAACUAAAUACAGGAUUAGACAACAAAUUAUAUGGUCAAACAACAUAGUCUUUAGCCACCUAAACAUUUUAAUUCCAGAUAUUAUUUAAUUCUAUAUAAUAGCUGAAUUCUUUUGAGUGGAUUACAGAAGGUUUUUGAUCCCAAAAUUCCAGAGAGCUUUCAAUUCUCUGAAUUUGUAGUCCUGAAUAUCCCAGUGAUGGGGGUUCCCAGCUGCAUGGGUGCUACUUUCAAGGCCAUAGAAUCUAGAUGGCCCUGUCUUGACCCUGAAAUGAACCUUAAGCCUUAGAACAAAGUCAUACAGAUGCCCCAUUUGAUACUAUGGUUAUUCACCUGUGCUCUAGUCCUCAGUUUCUGCAUGUGUUAGCAUUGCAUUGAUAAAUCAGAAUCUUGAUAAACACUUAAUAUUUGGACCUGAAGGUUUAAACUUUCUCUGUAUUGUAUAUAUUUAAAAAAUAGAUCUCACUGCCCUACCAUACACUGUAGCCCCCUUGUUCUUUGGUCUUUCAUAUGCAUUAAAUACCUUAAAGCAGAUGUUCAUAAAAACUUACAUUGGAAUAUAAAGUAUUACCCAAGUUUCUUAAUGAGUUGACAUGAGCUGUUUUAAAUACUGGUGUAUUUUCAGAACAGUAAAAUUACUGAAUAUCAGAAAAAAAUGUUGAUUGGUGAUGAAACUUAUUCCCAAAAUGCCUUUUGUACAUAGAGUAUUUGGAAAGUUUAAUGUGCCUCAAUUAAUACAUCAGUAAAAUGUUGUGUUUUUUUUCCAGUGUAGUGUUUUUGGAAUAUAAAUUCCCCAUGCUAAUAUCUCAGCAAAGAGAAUUUCCCCCCUGCCGGCUCAGUCAGGAAUACUGUGUCUUACCCAUCAUUAUGAUAGAAUGCUGCUUUGAAAAUGGCUAUAUUACCUUCUACGGUUAAAAAUUUGAUCCCAAUCCUAAAUAACAGAAACUUUUGGUGCAACAGUAAUAGGAUGUAUUUCCCCUAGAACUUCCCUUAUUGGUUUACAUGAUUUUAUUGCCUUUAAAUAGGUAUUUUGUCAUUUUGGCCAAACAAAAAACACUAGAGUAGUUAUAAUUAAGUUGAAAAUUAGGAGAAAGGCAUUAUUUUAGUUAUGGAGCCAUUUUUAUUAUAACAUUUUCUCAAAAUAAAAUUGAAUCUUAUUUCAAUUUUAAUUUUUCCAGUCCCUGUUUGUUAUAUGAAUUAAUGUUUGUCAUCUGAAUUAAUACAUAAAAAGAGCAUUCUGUGUUUUUAAAUCACGGUUUCUUUAAAUUUAAAAGGUAUACAGUCUUUCUGUAGGGAAAAUUGUUCCAUGUAAACAUUUCAACUUCUUAUAAAAAUGUUAACUAUUGUAAGAAAGUUAUCCUUUCAUUUUUUCAUUGCUAUGAUGUAUUUAUUAUAAAGUAGGGAAUGAAUGAAUGUGGAUUGCUGUCAACUAGAAAUAUUUCUGUAUGUCAGUCAGCAUUUAACGACCACCUACUGUGUGCACAGCACUACUGGUAAAAUUUUGAAGACAUUGUUAACAUUAAAAAAUGUUUUAAAGUUGUCUACAAAUCUGAGCCUUGUAAUGAUGUAUAUUUAUUUUUGUUUUAUAGAUUUAUUAAAAUACACUAUCUAGUUAACAGUACUAAAAAAGACUGGUUGUAAUUUUACCAAUGUGUAAACUAUAAAAGCUUUUUGCCUACAGAUUUUACAAGUACAUUUUAAAAUUAUCUAUAGCUGUUGUAAAUUGUCUAGCAAUUUAUAUGGUUGUGGUUAACUCAUUUAAGAAACAAUUAUCUUUCUAUAUUAAGCCAUUUUCAAAUAGCAAGACAGUGCUUGUCUUUUUUUUGUUAUUAUACUAACUGCAAUUCAGUAAGCUGCAUGACAAAAUAUGUAUUAUGUAAAUAAACUGGGUUUACUAAAUA